AUGAUGACGUGGCGUCUGCUGUGCGCCCUGUUGGUGCUUGCCCUGUGCUGCUGCCCGUCCGUGUGCGUGACAGCGACUAGUGGAGAUCAAGUUGGGGACAGCCCCAAUUCAACGGCUGCUCAGCAACCGGGAGCAGAUGAUUCAGAGGCAACAAAAACUUCCACGGCGCCAAAUUCGACAGGUCCGACCGUUACGUUACCGAAACUCGAAGAUCCGGACAGUCAGCAACCCGCUCCGGCAGGGAGUCCAAAUACAGAAGGUCCGGAGUCUAUUCCAAAAGAGGGAGCAGGUCCGGGCACCGAUGGGUCAGGGUCGCCAGGUGGGUCAGUUAGUCCAGCUGCAGCAUCGUCAAUUUCCGUGACCGGUACGGUACCGGCACAAAGUCAGAAGGAAAAUGCGCCAACAACAACAACCACGACUACGACAAAAGCACCAACUACCACCACCACUACGACUACGGAGGCGCCAAGCACGACGACGACCCGCGCACCGUCACUUCUUCGCGAAAGCGACGGCAGCCUCAGCAGCUCUGCGUGGGUGUGUGCCCCGCUGCUGCUCGCCGUAUCCGCGCUGGCGUACACCACUGUGGGCUGA